AAGAAAACAAAUUUGACAUAAACCAAUCUGUUUAUACUUGUCAAUGUGAUUCUGUUUCUAGUGAAAUUAAAGAUAAUCCAACCAAUGCAAUUACUUCUUUAUAUAAACAAAUUUUCAAAACUCAAACAAAAAUUUCAGGUUUAAUGGUUAUAGAUUUUGAUAAAGAAUCAAUAUUUAAUGAAUUAUUGCAUAAUAUAGAAUUUUGUUCUUAUUCAAUUAGUUUAAAAAAAGUUGUUCAAAAAUUUAUAAAAAAUAAAUCUAUAGUAGAAGUAUGGAAAAGCAAUAUAAAAAUUUCACAAUAUGAAGGCCAGAUAUUUGGCAAAAGAUUGGAAUUUUGA